AUGAAUAACCAGUGUAUCUUAUUGUUAGUUGUCCUUAUGUUGGCGCUUGUUGGUGGCAGGUACCGGGAGUCGCGUUCUGGCGCGCGGCCAUCUCCGGCGGCGGGCGUGGGCAAGCGUGGCGCGCGCGUGCGCCUCGGGCGGCUGUCACCUGCGCGCUGCGACCGCACGGCGCGCGCACCGCCGCCGCCCGCCGCCGCGCUCCCCGGGGGCGGCGGCGGGCGGGGGGCGGGCGGGCGGAGCGGGGGGGCGGCCGGCGCGCGCGCCCACCACCGCGCCCCCCGCGCGCCGCCGCCCCCGCCGCCGGGCGCCGCCGCCGCCGCCGCGUGGAAGUGGGGCGGCUGCUCGCACAACAUGGACUACGGCCUCAAGUUCUCUAAGAUGUUCCUGGACUCGAGGGAGCGCGCCGGCGAUAUGCAGGCGCGCGUCAACCUCCACAACAACCAAGCCGGCCGCUUGGCGGUGGCGAGCAACGUGCAGCCGCGCUGCAAGUGCCACGGCGUGUCGGGCAGCUGCGAGCUGAAGACGUGCUGGGAGGCGGCGCCGCCGUUCCGCGCGGUGGGCGCGGCGCUCAAGGAGCGCUUCCGGGCGGCGGUGCUGGUGGACCAGGGCAACCUGGGGCGGCCGGGCGCGCCGCUGCUGGCCGCGGCGCCCCCGGCGGGGCCGUCGCCCCACAUAGUUAUAGCAUAUGUUGUUAUUGUAGAACUAACAGGAUUAUAUAAAACAUUUUUGUCAAUUGCUUCAUUGGUGAACAAAUCUAAAUUGGUAACCACCUGGCGAUUAUUUCUUACGAGUGGGAAAGCCAUGAUGUCGAAUAUAUACCAGAUUAUUUGUCAAAUUUUAGGCAAUCUUUUGGUCAUAAGAUUCUGGCACAGUGAGGAGUUGAGUAAAGUACAUUGUCUCUCCCUUCUUAAAAUUAUCAGCUAUUUUCACCUUCUUCAAAGGAACCUGAUUGAUUUAUAUCGUCAUGGACAUAAUUACCCUCAUUAUUUUUGGUUUUUAAUGAAUUUGAGACAUAAAGAUGAUUGUCAAAUUAAUAAUCAUAGAGAAUCACAAUUACUUUUUUUUCUUAGUGCUUACUCUCGCAGGAAGCAUUACUUCGACUCUUACAUAUUAGCGAGGAACAUUGACAAGUUCAUCUGCCUUUCCCAUAUGUAUUUACCAACCUUCAUACCUGUGCUCAGAAAAUCAUGUUUUAUUGAAUUUUUUAAAAUAAGAUCAAAGAUUUUUUGUAAAAGGACGGCGGGGCGGCGCUGCCACCGCGGCAGCCGCGGCGCGGACGGCUGCGCGUCCAUGUGCUGCGGGCGCGGCUACGACGAGCGGCGCGAGCGGAGGGACGAGCGCUGCAACUGCCGCUUCCGCUGGUGCUGCAGCGUCACCUGCGACAACUGCACCAUCGAGGAGUGGGUCACCGUCUGCAAAGAGACGUCCGCAAAAAUGAAGAGAAGCUCCACGCGAAAGGGAAAUAAUGAUGAAGAAGAAGAAGAAGAACAAGAAGAAAGAAUAAAAUUAAUUAAUGCGUUUUGA